GAUGUAACUUUUGAGCGAAUACGUAUGAUCGGUUGCCAUUCAACAGGCGCUUUUUAAAUCUCGUUUAUCUCAAAUGAUCAAUGCGUAUAGAUUAUGUUAUAAUAAUAAUUAUAUAUAUUGAAAUAUAUCUAUCAGAGAAAUACUAUUUUAUCCUUCUUGGAAGUUUCAUUUAUGAUUCAUUUAAUUUUUAUAAUAUUUUUAUUCCUACGCAAGGGUUAUUUUUGAUGAUCCUUUAUCAUUAUUUUAAAGGCUGAAAAAUUCUUUGAACUAUCACUAUUUUACUUUUUUUUUAUCUACUCAACGAUAACUUAUCUAUGUCAUUUACGCUUAUAAAAAGAAGUCGUACUGACAAAUGAGACAUAUUUAAUGUUUCUCCGAUUUAAUAAUUAAAACAUUUACCAUGAUGAAACUAUACAUCAUUCUUCCUUUUUUACUCGUUACCUUGGCUGCUAUCCUAGCAGUACCUAUUGAAGAUGAGUACAAAGAUUUGUUAGAAGAGAACAUCGCAGAAAUCAGCGAUAUACGCAAUAGCAAAAAUAAACUUUUACUUUGUCAAAAAUCUGGAAAAAUUGGAGAAUGGAUAGGAGACACUGCUUGUUACGCUCGUUGUGUAUUUUUUGGAAAACAAUUCGGUGGUUAUUGUUAUCGUAGUAUUUGUUAUUGUAGAUCGAGAAUAAUGUAAUACGAUUUAUAUGAUAUUAUUUUAUAUA